AUGGCGCGGCUCGUCGACAGCGCGCAGAUCGAGGGCGCCGAGCUCCUGCGCCCGUUGCCCUUGUACCAACACGCCUACGUAUGGCCUUUCGUCAUCGUCUGGCCCGUAUUCUUACGCUACUACCUGACCCCCGAACUUUACGAGAAGCAUAUUCAGGCGCCCGAGUGGACGUUUGUCUGGGUUGGAACCAUCAUCACUGUCCAGACGCUGGUCUGGCUCUGCACCCACUGGAGCGUCAACCUCAACGCCACGUUUACCGCGAAGAAGGCCCGGACUAUCGAGGAUGCCAAGCUGAUCAAGGUGAUCCCCGCCGCCAAUGCGGGCUCGGCUGACAUUUGCAAGCUCGUCCGCGAUAACGUCGGUGGGAAGACAAACACUUCGUUCCUCUUCCAGAAGCGCCGGUUCCUCUACAACCCCGAGAACAAGACCUUUGGUACUCUCGCCUACGAUAUCGACGCCGAACCGCGCCCACUGCUUGAAAAGUUCCAAAAAUCUCGUGGCAUUGACCGCGCCGCCGACCUCGAGCGUCUCGAACAGCACUAUGGCACCAAUACGUUUGAUAUCCCCGUUCCCACGUUCACCGAGCUGUUCAAGGAACAUGCCGUCGCGCCGUUUUUCGUUUUUCAAAUUUUCUGCGUUGGCCUCUGGCUGCUGGACGAAUACUGGUACUACUCGCUCUUCACUCUCUUCAUGCUUGUCAUGUUCGAGAGCACCGUCGUGUGGCAACGCCAGCGUACCUUGACCGAAUUCCGGAGCAUGAGCAUCAAGCCGUACGAUAUCUACGUGUACCGUCUCGGAAAGUGGAUCGAGAUCCAAAGCGACAAGCUGCUGCCAGGCGACCUGGCGUCUGUUACCCGUACAAAGGAGGACGGCGGUGUGGCUUGCGAUAUGCUCCUGGUGGAGGGUACCGCGAUUGUCAACGAAGCCAUGCUGUCUGGAGAGAGCACACCGCUUUUGAAGGAGUCUAUUCUGCUCCGACCGGGUGAGGCCCCCAUCGAUUCCGAAGGGUUGGACAAGAACUCGUUUCUUUGGGGUGGCACCAAGGUUUUGCAAAUCACCCACGGUAGCGCUGAGGAAGAUCGGCCCAAGCUUGCGUCUGGCGUCCCCCCUCCCCCGGAUAACGGCGCUAUGGCAAUUGUGACCAAGACCGGUUUCGAGACGUCCCAGGGCAGCUUGGUCCGGACCAUGAUCUACUCGACGGAGCGUGUGUCGGCCAACAACGUCGAGGCGUUGCUCUUCAUUCUCUUCCUCCUCAUCUUCGCCCUCGCUGCGUCGUGGUACGUCUGGGAUGAGGGCGUUCGCAAGGACCGCAAGCGCUCUAAGCUCCUGCUCGACUGCAUCCUGAUCGUCACGAGCGUCGUCCCCCCGGAACUGCCUAUGGAACUCAGCUUGGCUGUCAACACCAGCUUGUCCGCCUUGGCCAAGUUUGCCAUCUUCUGCACCGAACCUUUCCGGAUUCCGUUUGCGGGCCGGAUCGAUGUGGCGUGUUUCGACAAGACUGGUACUCUCACUGGGGAGGACCUCGUGGUCGAGGGUAUUGCUGGGCUUGGACUUGGUCACUCUGGCACAGACACCCCCCAGGAAUCGGAUGGCGCUCACAGCUACAUGACUGCGGUCCACGAUGCGGGUCUCGAGACGACACUGGUUCUUGCUUCCGCCCAUGCUCUGGUCAAGCUCGAUGAAGGUGAUGUCGUGGGAGACCCCAUGGAGAAAGCCACGCUUACUGCCCUGGGGUGGACCCUUGGGAAGAAUGAUACUCUCUCAAGCAAGCCGGGCGCUGCGGCUGCUGGUGGAGCUGCCGGCACUGUCCAGGUCAAGCGCCGCUUCCAGUUUUCGUCCGCCCUCAAGCGCCAGAGCUCUGUCGUUACUAUCAACGCUACCGAGGCCAAGGCCGGGAAGAAGCUGCGGGGUACUUUUGUGGCCGUCAAAGGUGCGCCUGAGACGAUCAUGAAGAUGCUGAUCACCAUCCCCAAGGACUACGAGGAAACGUACAAGUACUUUACGCGUCGCGGUUCGCGUGUUCUAGCUCUGGCGUACAAGCACCUGACUACCGAAGGCGAACUGGGCGCAAGCCGAAUCAACGACCUGAAGCGAGAGAAGGUUGAAGCCGAGCUCCACUUUGCUGGCUUCCUCGUCCUCCAGUGCCCCCUCAAGGAUGACGCCAAGCAAGCUGUCCAGAUGCUCAACGAGAGCAGCCACCGCGUGGUCAUGAUCACUGGUGACAACCCGCUCACGGCUGUUCAUGUUGCCAAGGAAGUGGAGAUUGUGGACCGGGACGUUCUCAUUCUUGAUGCCCCCGAGCACAGCGAGCAUGGCGAGGAAUCUCUUGUUUGGCGUAGUGUCGACGACAAGGUUCAGAUUGAUGUUGAUCCCACCAAGCCGAUUGAUCCCGAGAUUCUGAAGACCAAGGACCUUUGCGUGACAGGAUACGCUCUCAAGCAGUUCAAGGGCCAGGUUGGCUGGAAGUCUCUUCUCCGGUACACUUGGGUUUACGCUCGCGUCUCUCCCAAGCAGAAGGAAGACAUCCUGUUGGGUCUCAAGGAUAUGGGCUACUACACCCUGAUGGCCGGUGAUGGAACCAACGAUGUUGGCGCUCUCAAGCAAGCUCACAUUGGUGUGGCUUUGCUCAACGGCACGCAGGAAGACCUAACUCGGAUUGCCGAACACGCACGUAACACCAAGAUGAAGGAUCUCUACCAGAAGCAAGUUGACCUGAUGAAGAGGUGGAACCAGCCCGCCCCCCCAGUCCCCGUUAUGAUUGCCCACCUGUACCCUCCUGGACCGUCCAACCCUCACUACGAGAAGGCAAUGGAGCGUGAGGCCCAGAAGAAGGGUGUUACCGUCGAACAGCUCGCCAAGGCCAACGGCACCAACAUCGAGACCGUCACUUCCCCCGCUGCCCAGCAGCUCCUUAAGGCCGACCCGCAAAAGGCCAAGCAAGCCGAGGCGUCGAAGAAGGCAGCUGGUCUUGCGGACAAGCUCACCCAGUCCAUGAUGGACGCCGAGAUGGACGACGAACCCCCCUCGCUUAAACUCGGCGACGCCUCUGUCGCGGCCCCCUUCACGUCCAAGCUGCGCAACGUUAUUGCCAUCCCUAACAUUAUCCGUCAAGGCCGGUGCACGCUGGUCGCCACGAUCCAGAUGUACAAGAUCCUUGCGCUCAACUGUCUGAUCAGCGCGUACAGUCUUUCCGUGUUGUACUUGGAAGGCAUCAAGUUCGGCGACGGACAGAUCACCAUCAGCGGGAUGCUCAUGAGCGUGUGCUUCCUGUCGAUCUCUCGUGCCAAGUCGGUUGAGGGCCUGUCCAAGGAGCGGCCGCAGCCGAAUAUCUUCAAUUUCUACAUCAUCGGCUCCAUCCUUGGACAGUUUGCUGUUCAUUGUGCCACGCUGAUCUACAUUGCCCGGUUCUGCGAAGAAUUGGAUCCCCGCUCCGAAGCUCCUGACCUCGAGGCCGAGUUCAAGCCCUCCCUCCUCAACUCCGCCGUCUACCUCCUCCAACUAAUCCAACAAAUCUCCACCUUCGCCGUCAACUACCAAGGCCGUCCCUUCCGCGAAUCCCUCUCUGAAAACAAGGGCAUGUUCUACGGCAUCGUCGGCGUAACCGGCAUCGCCUUCGCCUGCUCAACCGAACUCAUCCCCGAACUCAACGAGGCCAUGAAACUGGUCCCCUUCACCGAUACCUUCAAGACGACCAUGACGAUGGUGAUGGUGUUGGAUUAUGUCGCGUGCUAUGUCAUUGAGGUCGUGCUCAAGUACCUGUUUAGUGAUUUGAAGGCUAGGGAUAUUGCGGAGCGGAGGCCGGAGCAGUUGGAGAGGGAGCGGGCGCGGAAAGCGGUGGAGGCGAAGAAGAAGGAGGAGGAAGAGGAAGCGAAGCGGUUGGAGAAGGUGGCGGAGUUUGAGAGGAAGGUGAAGGAGAGGGAGGAGGCUAUUCGUGCGCGGUUUGGGGGGCAGAGACCCGUCGCGGCGUAA